UGAAUUAUCAGGUGGCACUUCCGGCGGACCAAAAUGGCUGCGGCCGUUCAGAGCUCACAUGUGAGCCCGGGGGGAAAGCUGAAGCGUUCCCCGAAGAAGAAGAAAAAGAUGAAGAUGGUAGCCAAGGCUGCAGUGUCGAAGCUAGAAGAUGAAGUCAAAGACUCUUCCAAUGGAGAAGGAAGCUGUGAAUCAGAGAUGGACUACUCAGAUGAUGGUGCUGCAGAAGCAGACAGUGAGGACAAUGUUGAAUCCUGUGAGGAAGGAAAUGAAGACACUGCAGAGUCCAGUGCCGCCGUUAAUGCGGGCUGGGCAGAUGCCAUGGCAAAAAUCCUUACCAAAAAGACUCCUAAAAGCAAAGCCACCAUCCUCACCAGAAACAAAGAGCUGGAGAAGGAGAAGGAGAAGCUAAAGCAGGAGAGGCUGGAGAAGAGGAAGCAGCUUGAUAAGAAGCGGGAGUGGGAAAUGCUGUGCAGAGUGAAGCCAGACGUCGUCAAAGACAAGGAGGCAGAGAGGAACCUUCAGAGGAUUGCCACAAGGGGUGUGGUGCAGCUAUUCAAUGCUGUCCAGAAACACCAAAGAAAUGUUGGCGAAAAGGUUAAGGAAGCAGGAGGCUCCAUUCGGAAGCGGGCUAAGCUGAUGUCAACUGUUUCCAAGAAGGAUUUCAUCAGUGUUCUUCGAAGGAUGGAUGGUACAAGUGAGAACAGUCCUGCUGGGAAGAACCCCAAAGCCAAACAGACUGAAGUGAAAUCAGAAGAGGACCCAGGGUGGAAGAUUCUGCGCGAUGAUUUCAUGAUGGGAGCCAGCAUGAAGGACUGGGACAAGGAGAGCGAGGGCGAGGAGCCCGCUGGCGGCAGGGCAGGGUCGGCCAGCCACUGAGCAGACAGACACGACCAUCCAGCUCUGCCGCUAACCGACCUGGCGGCUGGGAGCCUCGAGGCCAUCUGCUAAUGCCAGGACUUCCUGCAGCCCUGGGCUCCAGGGUUGCUCUUGUACAGACUGUAUUCGAGUUGUAGUUUUAAUUCUUACAUAAAUUGAAGCUGUUUUUCCAAAAUAUUUGUACAAAGAAUUUAUUUUUUCUUGAGCAGUAAGAUGUGCAUUUUCUCGGACCCUGUCUAUGGCCACGUGCUGGUAUACACCCGUGUCUCUAAAGUGCGCUCCAUUUAUGAUUAAAGUGAAUUUGUAUAAGA